AGUAGGAGCGUGUGCUCUCCGAGGCCAGACCAUCUGAAAAGCCAGGUCCACGACCAACUGGAGUACAGCCACGGACAGACAGACGCCGACCCGCUCUGAGUGUCGAUUUCCACCUUGGGUAAAAUAUUACCCCAUUCAUGAAGGCCAUGAGAAGACUGAGGGAAUGGAGAUGUGCCAAGUCCCACGUGUCCCUGGCACAGAGGAAAGAGCAGAGUUCACAGGAGAGACGCAGAGAGGACAGCAGUCCAGAGAGAGACGCAGCGGGAGCAGCUCGGAACUCCACUCGUCUCAUAUCAAGUGCUCUGCUGGUCUUUUUAACACGGCCUGUGCCUUUUAGCUAGCUGUCUGGAUUUGUCACCAAGCAAUCUGUCUGCCAUAGAGUUCACAGGUCGAGGUGCCUACUGUGUGUCGUCUACCCGGCAGCUGGUCCUGCCUUCUGUGCAGGCUGAGUCCUGAUUGGGUUUGCACCUUCCUCUCUGUCUCUCUGUGCAGGUAACUCCCAGCUGAUCUGUUCUCUGUCCUGAGGUGUUGCUAUGGAGAAACGUGAUGCCUAGAGCUGCUACAGGCAUGUACAUCCAGAAAGGGAGUCAUUCAACAUGUUGAGUGUGACAGCACCAAAAGAUGGAGAGACCACCAGAGGCUGAUCCUCAGGGACAUCACCGAGCCACUGAGAUCAUCAGCCCUGUUCUGGAGACUAGGGAGAUUGUGCACCCCGUAUUGGCUAAGCUACUGGACACUGGGCUUCAUGGGUUUGCAUUCAUUAGCAUACCAACCUUUGCACCUGUGCUGUCCUUCCUGAGGGCUUUCGUAUUGGGGGUUAAUAAGUUGAGUGGAAAAAUGUUGGAUCACACUUUCCUCUAGAACUUUGUACCUUCGCUUCCUUUCUAUCUAGCAUGGGAAGCUACCGCAGAGGACACUGAAGCUGCCCACUCUCUCCCACCUCUUCUCCUUGCCGUCAAUAAUGGAUCCAGGAUAUCUCUUCCAGUUGGUGGUUCUACACCAGUUUUUCCUGGAACAUAGUGAGAAUUUUUGAUCUGCAGAUUCAAUUCUCUUAUUUCAGAAAUGUUUCCUUAUAUCCCUGGGGAAAAAAAAAUCUCAAGUUGAAGUCUCUUUUUCAGGAACACCAACUAACCCUUUCAUAAUUACUUAAAUGUCUUCAUCUUUCUACUCUAUAUUCACUGUAAUUUAGUCAAGCCCAAAGUCAGGAAUUCAACUAAGUUAUGACUAGUCUAUUUCUUGGUUUCUCUAACUUAUUUUCUGUAUUGAAAUAUUUCUGCUUUUUGUUUGAUUUCCUUGGGCAUGUAAUCUUUUCCUUCUCAUUCUGUUGUUUUCUACUCUCUCAUUUUAUUAAAUUGAUCUCGUGUUACUAUUCUAUAACAUGGAACACAUGUAAAAAAUUUUAUUUAUUUGGUUCUUCACCUAUAUCACCAAGCUAUAAAUCCUUUUUUAUUCCAUUUUUAUUAAAGUCUAAGAUUUAGAUAGUGAAUAUGCUGCUUCUUUCUAUCUUAUUCUAUGUAACCUGGGUGGCUCUUGGCAGAUCUUUUGUUUGUUCAAAUAUAAUGUGAACAAUUUCUCUUGGGCUUCCUUCCUGAGUGCCUUGAGCAGCGGGGAUGUUGCAGUUUCUAUUUUUGCAGGACCUGAAAGUAGCGAUGGCUGGAGAGGUCCUGCGGCCCAGGUUCAUCGUCAUUUUUAUGCAAUGACCUCCCCACGCUCUUUCCCCUGCAUUAGCUCUGGACACGUUCCUGGAACCGCAGACUCUAACUGCGGCUAGAGUAGUCACUAACGAUGGCAAGGAGAGCACUCAUGGCGACUCACUAAUAACUAGCAUCCACGGCCCUCAGUCGUGGUCACUGGGGCCCGGAAGGGCAGCGUCUGCACCCGGCCCAGAAGAGAUGCCCAGUAGAGUGAGCAAGGAAUGGCGGCCAGGCCCGCAUUAGGGACGGAAUGCCGAAGGGCAGAGCUGGCGGGACCUGACCCCGGGCCGCGGAGCCCGGCGGGAUGGAAACGGGCGACCCGAAGGCAGCGCGGCCCAGUCCCGCGCGGUGGCGGGGCUCCGCGGAGCAUCCCGCCAGCGUUCUCCCGAGGUCCAGCGCGGUUGCCGCGGAGACCGCCCGGCCAGGGACUGCGCAGGCGCAGCGUCCUGUUGCUAGGACAGCCUGGAGCCCCGGAGCCGCGAGGGAAGUUCCGAGCCUUCAGCGCCCGCAGGGGAGCCCGCCAGCCCCGCUCGGUGCCCUUCCCUGCCUGUAGUGAGGGGCUGUCCCGCUCCCACCCUCCCCAGCACCGCGACCUGCGGGGCCCCCCCGCAGUGGCCAGCCUCCAAAGGCAAAGGAAGAGUUCCCGGUGGGCCAAGGAAAGCGGAAGUAGCCAGCCAUGUCGAACGCGAUGUAUAAUAAAAUGUGGCACCAGACCCAAGAAGCCCUCAAUUCUUUGCUUGAUAAAGAGUCUCGGAAGCUGGUGGAGCAAGAGAAGAAUCCUGUCUACAUCUUCCAGAUGUUGGCCACCUUCUACAUAAAGUAUGUGCAGAUCUUCAGGAACCUGGAGAAUGUCUACGACCAGAUAGUGCACCCACAGAAGCGACUGCUGAUCCGGAAGAUCCUGGACGGGGUCAUGGGGCGCAUCCUGGAGCUGAAGAACGACAUGGUGGAGCUGGAGUUGUCUGAGUUCCAUUACUUUGAUGAUAUCUUACAGGACCUGAAGUUGGCCCCUCAACAGUUGGAUAUUCCCAUACCCAAGUACUUUUUGAAGGAGAAAAUAGAAGUAAUAAGAGAAAGAAAGAAAAUCCUUGCUCAGAUAUUAGCUGACAGUGGAUUAGAUGCAACUAGCAUGAAAUUAGCCAUAAAGAGCAUGCCCUUCGAAGAGGCUAUUAAAUUAAUCCAGAUUGCUGAGCGGGCGCGGCAGGGCCGCCUGAGAGCCCUGUUUAUGAAGCAGAUAUACCUUCAGGAAUACAGAGCAAAGCAGGCCAGGCUGCUCGGGGAGAAGGUCGCGGACACGGGGGCUGCCGCACUCCGCAUCCAGAAGGUCUGGAGGGGUUUCUGCCAGUCCAAGAGGACCGAGAGAGAGAGAGAAGAGGAGAUGAUAUUCCUGGGCAUGAAUCCCCCUCCUCUCUUCGACCAAGUCAGUGCCGCCAUUAUCCAGGCGGAGAAGGUGAGCCUGCUGCGGAGCGCGGUGCAGCUGAGGCACGAGGAGGGCUACAGGGAGGCCCUGGUGACCAUCAAGAACGACCUGCAGCAGACGGAGGGCCCGGACAUCAAGGAGAGCCUGCGGGAUCAGAUCCGGCAGUGGUUCAUCGAGUGCAGGAAUCUGACCGGCUCUUUUCCUGAGUACCCCAGUGUAGAAGACGGAGGUUCUGCUAUGAUUUUUUCCCACAAGACCCCAGAACAGGUGAUUGAAGAUAUCGUUGCAGGCCAAGAAGAGGAAGAAAAGAACAAGAAGAAGAAGAAGGGAAAGAAGGCCAAAAAGGAGGAGAAUAAGAAGGUGGUGAAGGAGAAGCCCAAGGAAGAAGAGGAGGAGUGGAAGAUGUCAAGGAGCGCCUUCCUCCCCUCCAUGAAGGAAGGGAGUGACGUAUACAAAGACACGUGGAUGAAUAAAGAUGAAUCUCAGAAUUUCCCUCAAGACUAUGACGAAGAGCUGAUCAAGAAGGAGAAACGGAAGGAAGUGGAGGCGGAGAUCAGGGUGCAGGUUGAUGAGUUGAUGCGACAGGAGCUAAAAAACUUAAAACUAGCAGUGAACAAGGAAAUCGAGCUUCCGGUCAGAGCGGGAAAGAAAGGGAAGAAGAAGAACAAAGGGAAGAAAGGGAAACGAGGGAAGAGGGGGAAGAAGGACAAGGACCUGACGGCCGACAGGACCAUCGAGUCUCUGUUCAAGGAGCUGGUGGAGGAAGGCCUGCUGAUCCAGGCUCGGAAAGUCAACCUCUCUGAUUACAUUGGUGAGUACAGCUACCUGGGGACCACACUCCGCCAUGUGUCCAUAGAGCCCAUGCCUUCCCUCCUGGACGUCCGACAGCUCAUCACGCUCUACGGGAUCUUGCCUCUGGGGUCUGCCGCCGUGCAUGAGAAGGCUCCCUUGGUGAAGUCCUUGCUGCUGGCUGGGCCGUCCGGGGUAGGGAAGAAAAUGCUGGUCCACACCAUCUGCACGGAAACGGGAGCCAACCUCUUCAACCUAUCGGCGGCCAACAUCGCUGGGAAGUACCCUGGCAAGAACGGCCUGCAGAUGAUGCUGCACAUGGUCUUCAAGGUGGCCAGGCAGCUCCAGCCAUCCGUGGUUUGGAUCGAAGACGCAGAGAAAACCUUCUACAAAAAGGUCCCCAACAAUGAAAAGAUGAAUGAUCCUAAACGCCUGAAAAAACAACUACCCAAAAUCCUGAAGCUCCUGAAACCGGACGACAGGAUCCUGAUCGUGGGGACCACACAGCGUCCAUUCGAUGCUGAACUUCAGUCUUUCUGCAGAGCCUACCAAAAAAUUAUUUUGGUUCCCAGACCAGACUAUGCCUCCAGAUAUGUUUUGUGGAAACAAAUCAUUCAGCGCAACGGUGGAGUCCUCACCAAGGCCUUGAACAUCAGCUGCUUAGCAAAGGUCACCGACGGCUUCACCCAAGGAAACAUAGUCAAAGUGGUUAAAGGUGUGCUCACGGACCGGAGAAUCCGGCAGCAGACUCAAAAGCCACUCACCCCAGCGGAGUUCAUCCCGUUGAUAGCCGGCAUGAACCCAGUGUACAAAGAAGAAGAAGAGUGCUUUAAGAACUGGUACGCCAAGACCCCUCUGGGCAGAAAGCGCGUCUUAUCCUUAAGGGUCGGUGGCAGAGAAAAGGAGACGGAGAAGGGGAAGAAGAAGGAGGAAAAGGAGAGGAAGAAAAAUAAGUAACGCCUCUCUGAAGAGCCAUCCUCGAGUCUCCUUGGGACAGUGACAGCCCCCGGGCUCCCAGGAGGAGGCUCACACUACCCACUGAAGACGCCCCAAGGAGUGGCAUCUGCCCAGCCUGGCCUGUGAGUGUGAGUGACAGCCCUCGUUGGGGACCAGGGCCACCAUGCCCAGGAUUUUCUUAAUCUGCGUGAAGUUUGUCUAGAGGUGAAAUCCUCGCCUCACGUUCUGCACACUCUGUCCAAGCUGGAUACUCACCAGCACCGGUGUUGAGUUUGUAGAGAAUGUUCUCAUGGGACAGGCGGGAACGCCACGAGGACAUGUGGUAAGCUGGCUGUUGAUUAGCCCACUGACGUUGCGCAUUGUCUUUCAUGUAUUUCAAUAAAUUAAUUAUUUGCUCUA